UUCGCAAGUGCUGACUACUGAUUGGGAUAUGUAUACCAAAUUAGCUAACGCACUACGAAACAUCUCGACAAACAACAUACUUCAAGGAGUCGGAGACACUUCGGUUUGGCGUCAGAUCGAAGAGGACGAAAUAUCAAGACCAGUUGCCAGAAAGAUACUAGAUGAUCGGGAAAUAUACCUCUCUCGGCCGGUGCCUGUAAGCGAAGGAUUGCCCGUUCUCUCUGACUUUGGAGAAGCUAGAAUUGUAUGUGGCAAAGCAAAACAAAGAGGUGAUGUAAUGCCUGGUAUUUACCGGGCCCCAGAGGUGAUUCUGGAUAUGGAAUGGAAUAAUAAGGUUGACAUCUGGUCUAUUGGUGUUAUGGCUUGGGAUAUGGCUACAGGUGGCCAUCUUUUUUACUCUAAAAAAGAAGGAGUUCUUAACGACGAACAACAUCUAGCGGAAAUGGUAUCGCUCAUGGGGCCUCCACCCGAAUUUCUACGAAGAAGCGCCAAAUCCCUCCGAUAUUGGGAUGGCAAAGGUUGUGCAUUUCCCCCCAUUUCCUCCCGUUCGUGUCUGUUGCUAAUAGGAACACAGGAAAUUGGAAAGGUUCUGUGCCCAUACCGGAUCAAUCAUUGGAAAUGCGGGCUCAGCAAUGUCACGUUGAGGAUAGGGAGCUUUUUCUGGCUUUCCUUCGCAGGGUUCUAUGCUGGUUACCAGAGAUGCGACCUCCUGCGGAAGAACUUGCAUACGACGAGUUUCUGA